GUUGUUGGUAAUGCGCAGUGGAUGAAUGGGGUGGCUGUACACAGUGCACUUCUAGUAUGCACAGAGACGCAUAACGCUAUCUGUAAUAUACAUAAUGAAGCGACCGAAAAGGAUUUAUUCAUCUCAGCUUUAAAUUUAUACACAUCAUUGAGUCCAUAGUCGUGGCUGUUAUAAUGCAUUCAUAUGGGUUGUGUCCAUGAUCACCGGGUUCCUCGUGCUCCAUCAGAGUUGAUUUCAGCAUCAGCAGGUCAUCAUGAGAAUGAGACUGAAGCUGAAGACUGUGUUUGUCCUGUACUUCACGGUGUCACUGCUAGGACUCAUCUAUGCGCUGAUGCAGCUGGGCCAGCGCUGUGACUGUAGAGAUCAUGACAUGUCUAAAGAUCAGCAGAUCUCUCAGCUGAGAGGAGAGCUGCAGAAGCUGCAGGAACACAUCAAAACAUCAGAGCUGUCUAAGAAGACUGAUGUGCCCAGAAUUUAUGUGAUAACACCCACAUAUGCAAGACUGGUGCAGAAAGCUGAGCUCACUCGUUUGUCCCACACCUUCCUCCAUGUUCCUCAGCUGCACUGGAUCGUGGUGGAGGACGCUCCUCAGCCGACUCCGCUGGUCACAGACUUCCUGGCUGCAUCUGGCUUGACCUACACCCAUCUAUACAAGCUGACCCCCAAAGACAGGAAGCUGCAGGAGGGAGAUCCCAGCUGGCUGAAGCCCCGGGGGGCUGAGCAGAGGAACGAGGGUCUGCGCUGGCUCAGGGAGAUGGGCGCUGCUGCUAAAGGAAAGGAAGCGGCUGCCCUCGAGGAGGCUGUGGUGUACUUUGCUGAUGAUGACAACACAUACAGCCUGCAGCUUUUUGAAGAGAUGCGGUACACAUACCGUGUCUCUGUGUGGCCUGUGGGUCUGGUGGGUGGGAUGAAGUUUGAGCGUCCCGUGGUGGAGGAUGGGAAGGUUGUGCGUUUCCACACUGGCUGGCGUCCCAACCGCCCGUUCCCCAUCGACAUGGCUGGUUUUGCUGUGUCCCUGAGGUUGGUCCUGACCAAUCCCCAAGCACGGUUUGACGGUGAUGCUCAGAUGGGCUUCCUGGAAAGCAGCUUCCUUCAGCACCUGGUUACUUUGGAUGACCUUGAACCCAAAGCAGACCUGUGCACUAAGGUGCUGGUGUGGCACACCCGAACUGAGAAGCCAAAGAUGAAGAGGGAAGACGCUUUGCAGAAGCAAGGGUUGGGUUCAGAUCCAGAUGUGGAGGUGUAAGCAGCACCUCCUCAGAACAUGCCUGAACUUCACCAAACAUCCACCCUUCCAUUGUGCCAAACAGAUUCUCUUAUUUAUGGCAAGAGGUGAAAUUUUAAAGUGUGAUUUCUGAGCCACACACUAAAGACAUGAGGAAUGGUAAGGAAGUGAUGAAUGCAGGGAUAAAAACAAAAGUGCAAAGGAACAUGCAGCCUAAAAGAAAAUGGAUUUCUUGCAUCCCAUAAACCAUCCUUAUCAUUGGUACACUUGAAUAGUAUUUAAAGAGAAUUUAACAUAUGGUAUCAAUAAAUAAGAUGAGCUUGUAUUUAUAGAUUAGAAAUGUAAUUGUAUAGGGUGAGGCUUGCUUGGAAAGUAUUUAUAAUGUGAACUCAUUAUGUGUAUGCUGUCCAUGUCUCUGUUACCUUCAGUCUAGGUGUACUUGUCUUAUGUCUUCACAUAAAGUCUUAAAGUCUAUGAUAAUUUUUUUCUUCACUGAUAAAUGGAGGAUAUAAAUAGGUUAGAUAUGAUAUAUAUUUAUGCCAUUAACAAUCUUUGUUGAAUCACAGUGGUGUGCUUAUCUUUAAUCCAGUGGCAUGUUGGGUGCGUGGCACUGGUAAAGCUUCAGGUGACAGUGUAAAGUACAGAUGAGGUCACUUGAUCCUGUGAAACAAACUGUGAAAACAUUUACAGAAUAUGAAAACAUUUAGAAUUACUAGGGUGUUGAUGUAGAAAUGUAGUGAUGUAGUGGCCACAACUCAGAGGAAGUUGAAUAGAGUGCAAAAGUCCAGUUCUGGAAGUUGAAAAUUUCAAUUUUUAACAAUAAUGUGUAAACUAUUAAAGACAGACGAGGUUGUUACAUGCUUUUGAUGAGGCCAUCAGCCUGCAUUAUUUCAACUUAUUUUUAAAUAAUCAUGUUCAACAGUGGGAUUCCUGGUGAAAACUUCAUUACCCACAAUUCUGCAAAGAAUCGUAGGAUUGAAUGUAAAUAUUGCCUACAUAGUGUAGAGUCCAUCUCCCUACAUUCCCAAAUGACAUUUUGCAAUAAAUGAAAAAUAUAUUGUUUCUUUAUAACCUUUAUAACAUCCUCCUGUAGUCCAAACAGUAGAGCAUGGUGCUAGCAUUGCCAAGGUUAUGGAUUAAAUUCCCAGGGGAAGCAAAAACUGAUAAAAUGUGAAGGCACUGUAAGUUGCUUUGGAUGAAAAUGUCUGCCAAAUGCUUAUAUGUAAAUCUUUAGGUCAAUAGUUUUAUAUUUCUCCAUCUUUCCCUCAUUAAAGCUGUCAAGUACUCA